AGAUGGAUAACUUUGCUAACAAACGUGUCGGAGGCACACAAACGAAAACCAGUCUUCAACAUGAAUGAGGUAGAUCAUCUAUUGGAGCACAAAUUUGAGACCCUGAGCAUGGCGGAAAAAUUAGAGGACACUGCCUAGGCCUACGGGAGGUGUACUCCAUGGUAAAAUGAUAUUGGGUUCUUAUAGUAGCUCUUACAGCUGUUUGCAGUAGUAUCAUUUUAUUCUGAGGUUUACAGAAGCUUAGUUUAGAGUUGAACAACUUUUAAAACUAUACUUUCAUUAUUGCAAUGUUUUGAUGUCAACAAUAAAAGAUUAAAAACUACAUUAAUGUACUUUAUUAAUUAAAUAUACAUAUCUGAUACAUGGCGAACAGUCACUUAGUUCAAAAACAAAAAGCCCAGCAUACUGAAUAGUGUAAAAGUAUCUAUUUAUUUGUAAUGGUUGUGAUGGCCCCAGUACCUUGCCUGCUGUCCUGGCAGGUCCUUGUUGGUGGAGCUGAGGGCUGAAUAGAGAAUGGGAAACACAAGCCAGGGCUACAAACAGCAUGGUGGGACACUGACACCUGCAGAAGUAUCAUCUGAUCUGACAUGGGACGGUUGUGAGGAGGAGGCUGCAGCCCCCCACGGAAGGGUGAAGGAGUGACAGGAAACCAGAGCGAGGGGCUUAUCUCAGCAGAGGACAGAAACAGCUGCAGCAUCCAGCAGUAGGACAUCAGCAGGAAGCUGUUGCGGUGUUAUAAACACGACUUGGUAGGCUGACCACCAAAGCCUUUUGGUUGUUAUCAAACAAACCUUUUAGUCUAUCUGCACGAUUCGCACUGUGACAUCGCCAGUGGACGGUGCAUCUAACGUGCAUAUACCAUGGACGUUCAGAUAUGUUCUGCAAAAACCAAGGAUAAUUAAUAUCGGCCCGUUGAGUAUAAUUGACCGCGUCUGGACCGGGGGAAGUGCAUACGACUCACAGGUCAUACAUGUCGAACAUGGAUGGAGACGAGGUGCAGGAUGACCGCGGGUCGCGGGAGGAGUGGACGCUGCUCUUCUGGACGUCCCUCGCGGUCAUCAUACCCGUGGUGAUCACGUUGUGGUGCAGCACUCAGCGCUCCAAGCGGAAAAUACACACCAAAGAGUUCUUCCGCAAGAGCAAGCACGGCUGGCACUACACGGAUCUCUUCCACAAGCCAACCUACUGCUGCGUCUGCUCCCAGCACAUCCUGAACGGAGCCUUCUGCGACUGCUGCGGGGUGUGCGCCGACGAGCAGUGUCUGCGCCGGGCGGACCGAAGUCUGGUGUGCAAGGAGAUCAUGGCCCCCCCUCGGUCAAACGGAACGUCGGAGCAUCACUGGGUCCGAGGCAACGUCCCCCUGGCCAGCUACUGCUUAGUGUGCGAGCUGCAAUGCGGGACCCAGCCUAAGCUGUGCGACUUCAGGUGCAUCUGGUGCCAGUCCACGGUGCACGACGACUGCAUCCCCAGCAUGACGGACCGCGGCCGCUGUGACCUGGGCGAGUUCCGCAGCCUCAUCAUCCCCCACCACUACCUGUACAACGUCAACAAGCUCCGCCGGAGACACCCCGAGGACUACAGCAAGCUGGGCUCCUCCUGCGGUCGGGGAUGGACCCCCGUUCUGGUGCUGGCCAACACGCGCAGCGGGAACAACAUGGGGGACGACCUGCUGAAGCAGUUCAGGAUCCUGCUCAACCCUGUCCAGGUGUUUGACCUGUCCAAGCUGGCCCCCUCCAAGGCCCUCCAGCUCUGCACCCUGCUGCCUCCCGGCAGUGUGCGGGUGCUGGUCUGCGGGGGCGACGGCACCGUGGGCUGGGUGCUGGACGCCAUCGACGCCAUGAAGCUCAAGGGCCAGGACCCCUUCAUCCCUCAGGUCACCAUCUUGCCCCUGGGCACUGGGAACGACCUGUCCAACACCUUGGGCUGGGGGUCGGGCUACGCAGGAGAGAUCGCCGUGGAGCAGGUGCUGCGCAACAUCCUGGACGCCGAGGUGGUCAAGAUGGACAGGUGGAAGGUUCAGGUAGCCUCCAAAGGCCUCUACUUCCGGAAACCAAAGGUGUUGUCCAUGAAUAACUACUUCUCAGUGGGCCCGGACGCUCUGAUGGCCCUCAACUUCCACACGCACCGGGAGAAGACUCCCUCCUUCUUCUCCAGCCGCAUCCUCAACAAGGUUGUGUAUUUCCUCUAUGGAACCAAAGAUUGUUUAGUUCAGGAAUGUAAGGACCUGGAUAAGCGGAUUGAGCUGGAGCUGGACGGAGAGAGGGUCCGGCUGCCCAGCCUGGAGGGCGUCAUCGUCUGUAACAUCGGCUACUGGGGCGGGGGCUGCAGGCUCUGGGAAGGCAUGGGGGACGAGCCCUGCCCCCCCACACGGCUGGACGACGGCCUUCUGGAGGUGGUGGGAGUGUUCGGUUCCUUCCACUGCGCCCAGAUCCAGGUCAAAAUGGCCAAUCCGGUGCGGUUGGGCCAGGCACACACUGUGCGGCUGGUGCUGAAGAGCUCCAGGAUGCCCAUGCAGGUGGACGGGGAGCCGUGGGCCCAGGGCCCCUGCACCAUCACUAUCACCCACAAGACCCAGGUCCACAUGCUGUACCACGGCGGGGAGCAGACGGACGACGACGACGACGACGACGAUGCCGACACCAGCGCCUCGGAGACCGAGAGCCCCGGCCCCCACGACUCCCCCAGGCCCCGGGGGGCCCGGCUCUGACCGCCCGGGACCCCCUCCUCCCCCCUCCCCCAGGCCCUGACUGUCCCUGACCACCUAUCUACUACUCCCAGCGGCUCUGAUCCCUCCCCCCCCCGUGGACCCUAGGGACCCGGGCCCCCUCCCUCCUCUCCCCCCCCCCCCCCCCCCCCGACCUCGUCGUCACCCCUCCAUGACCCGACUGGUCGGUGCCGUCUCACCGACUCCCCAACCCCCUGCCUCCUCUCCGGGAGGCCGCCCUCACUUCCUCCCUCACUUCCUCCCCCACUUCCUCCCCCACUUCCUCCCCCUUCAGCCCUUUUAUAAUACCGAGCACUUGGCUUUCUUUGUCCCUUUUUUGGGGUUUGUGUUUUGGGACGUUUUGAAAUGAGUUGCUAGGACCACGCUAGGGAGACCCACUACCUUCUGAGUUACUUUGGUUCCGGUCUUUAAUCUUGCACGACGGCGAUGUAUCGCUGUGUCCCGGGUUUACGUUUUGGUUUACUACUUUGGUUCGUAGACGGAGAGUACGAGGUGGUGUUGUGGUGGUGGUGGUGGUAUCUCCCAGCCUCACGCUAACGAUGUAAUGUAACCGAGACCUCAGGCUAUUCACUUGUCACACGUUGGCCAAUCAGGUAACACUGAAUUAUUUGGAAGACCAAUUGCUCUUUGCACUGAUCCCUGAGUGCCAAAUUUACUGUCACGGUAGUUCACUCUUAAACGGUAAUGAAAGACUUUUAAGACCCCCCCCCCCCCCCCCCCCCCCCCUAGGCAACCACACAGCUGAUUUAUGCCCCCCAGGAAAUGUCUGAGCUUCCAAAAGACAAACUACUCCUUAAAGAGACAGCUGAGGCCCACCAUACGUACGUGUGCGUGGCCUCACAAGAUCAGCACUCAGCAGCUAAUGUAUUGGUUUAAAUGCAGUAUCAAAGGCUCUUAUCCCCUAGACGUCUACACUGCUUCAAGAGAUGUAGAUCUAUGUAUGUCAUUCACUGGAUACUUCGGUAGGCCUGGUUUACGUCUCAGACACGACGUCGUAAGCGGGCGAGGCUGACCGGGUUGUUUAUCGAUGUCUGUUCUUAACUAUCUAGAGAAAACCUGGCUGGAUUAGGUCAAAGUUCGAAGUCGUUUUCAUCGUGUAGUCUUUGAAAUGAUGUAGGGCUUCUUGCGUCCCCACUCGUUCUCUUCUUUUGUACUUUGAAUUGUUUUACACUGUUAUGGCACAUAACACUUUAACACUGCUGACCGUAUUGAAACCGUAUACUGUAUAGGUUAUAGUUUAUUCACUUAAUAUAGUAUAUAUACAGUUUACCAUUAACAUGACCAUACCAGUAGUUUGAAUAUUGCAUGGAUUGGCUGUCACUACCCUUAUUUAAAGAUUUGUUAAAUAUACAAUUUGAACUGCUUGCAAUAAUGAAUACAGGGUAGUUUUCUAAGGUCUUGAAGACUCAAACAGCCAGGCAUAUUUUAAGCCCUCAUAUCAAUUUAACAGCCAGUUUUGCAGUAAUACUUGUUUUAAAUGUGUGUUCCCAUAAGGCUCAGGUCACAAUACUUUAGAGUAGUCCCAACGUGUUGUAUUGGGUGUGUCUUUGCACAAUCAAAUGCUUACAUUUGGGCAUGUCUUUAUUUUUUGGGGACAAUUUGGCCCUUUAAAAAAAAAAAAAAAAAGAGGCCGGUAGUCCAAGUGUGAUUCUAUUUAUACCAAAAUUCUGAUAGCCAUAACUCUGACAGAUGUUUUACGUUACAGUGAAUUAACAGACGUCGUGCUUACCUUUUUACUUGCCACAUUGAUGUUUGUGAUUGCUAUUUCUCUUAAAAACGCAAAAUAGGAUUAGCCAUGCAAUGCUUGUGGAAUACGCAAGAACUUUGUGUUUAGGUGCUUUACUUCCCUACCCAUCAAGUUUGUUCCAUUGUAAUUGUGCACAGGUGCCCCUUUGCCCUCAACCAUAUUCUACAUGUUUACAGUGUCGGAUACAGACUGACUUCAUGGUGUUGUACUGUGUGUACCGAAACUAUUGGUAAUCAACGCACUGGGAGAAUGUUUUGGGAAGUGGAAUGUUAUGUCGGCUUUGGAUGUUUCGAGAAAGUGAAGAUGUUCAAUCUUAGAUGCCCAAUUAGCAGCUUUUUCUUUAUACUUUGAGUGCUCCAGUAUUUGUGUGACAGGCCCAUGCCUCCCUUCAAAUUAAGAGUUCAAACUAUUUUUCGCUAUACUACAUCCACGGAUAACUUACAUUUGUUUUACCUUUGGCAGCAAUAUUCCUCUCUUUCUGUAAAGGAAAGAAACCAAUUUAAAUUUGAAACUUAAUUUAACUUUUAUUCACAAGAUUAUUUGAACACUCAAUUAUUAACCCUGAAAAGAAAGUUGAAGCUCCCACCACUUGUGAUUGUCAUUGAUACUCGAACAGAAUGUACGCGAGGUCGAUUGAAAUUGAAAACAUUCUCAUAAAUAUUUUCAUAUGCAUAAACUGUGUCAUCGCUUUGCUUCAUAAAAUGAACGAACAGAU